UGAGUCUUUUGUUGCUACUUGGGUGAGAUCCGGUGAAGUUAAAUCAGCUGGUACUGAUUUUAUACUUACCAUUAAUCCAGAAACUGUUGUCCUAAUGUUGUGUCACAGUUGACAUCCAACUUUUAUUGAUGUUAGCCGGCGUUUACUGGACAUGUCUGUUGCUGUGGCUAAUUCAGCUAACUGUGGCUAACUGUUACGUUAGCAGGAGAGCAUUCAGACUUGGAGGAAGGCAGGAAGGAAACUGAUCAGUAGGAUCACUGCGCACCGCAAGCUUAUGCAAAGCUAGCACUGUUUUUUGGACUCCUGACUUCACAUUGUGACGUAUUUAGGGAAGGUGACUAUUUCUGCACCCUGUGUGACAUUUAACACUAUUUGGUUAAUAAGAUAUGCAGUUAAUUGUCAAAGCUGUCAACUGCAACAACAACAGCCCUCUUGCGUAGUUGUUCAGCGGACGAAAGCUAGUGACGCUAAACACAAAAUUGUGGAGAAGUUGUUAAAGUCAGAUGCGGCUGUCUGAGUGAUUUUUUUUCUUGUUAAUUUGCAAACCGGAGUUUGAAACGUCUCGUUGUCGGAGCCUUUUUCACUGUGAGCGGCAGAAAAAAACUCAUGGCAUCGGAUGUGAUUGAGAGUGAAGCGGUGCUGAAGGCUGUAAGUGAUAUGGAUUUGAACAAUAGCGGUGCAGAUUUUGUCACACCCAGGCGGACUCAUGAGGAGUUGGGAAACAGACAAACGUCUAGUCCCUCUUCCUCUGGAGUGUCGGGAGAUGGUGAUGAGGAGGAAUUAGACGAUUUACAAAAUAGCACAGCUUUCACAGUGGAAAAUGGCGAAGAGGCGCUCCAGGAGAGUGUAACCAAAACAAGAGGUUCGCCACAGGAAAGGACAACUCCAGACAAUGAGCAGGAACAGCCGGGAGCAAGAAGCUCUACCCCAGUGAGCCUUCCCCAGCCAAGCUCACCACCUGGACCCAGUGGAAGCCUGGAGCGCCAAGAAUCCGUUGCCACAACAGAAGCCCGGUUAAGGAUGGAGGGAGUUGAACUUAAAGAAGAGUGGCAGGAUGAAGACUUUCCACGCCCUCUACCUGAGGAAGAGGAGCUUGAUGAUGAACUGUUUGGUGGAACCUCUGAAGAAGGAGACCCUGACUAUGCAAUGAACCAUGGCAAGAGGGCAAAGAAAAAGCUGGCAGCUCCAGACAUCAGUCUCACACUUGACCACAGUGAAGGCUCUCUUCUCUCUGAUGAGCUGGAUGAAAGUACAGAGCUGGAUCUUGACGACAUAGACACACCUUCAGAUAACAGCAAUGAGUUUGAAUGGGAAGAUGAUCUCCCAAAGCCAAAAACCACAGAAAUACUACAGAAGGGUGUGGAGUCCGUUCAGGAAUACUCAGCCUCGGAUGAGAGGGAGGAGGGGCGACGCUGGAGGGUGUUUCGUAUCGGAGACCAGGAACACAGAGUGGACAUGAAGGCCAUUGAACCUUAUAAGCGGGUUAUCAGCCAUGGAGGUUACUAUGGAGACGGUUUGAAUGCCAUAAUUGUGUUUGCUGUGUGCUUUAUGCCCGAGAGCAAUCAACCAAAUUACAGAUAUAUCAUGGACAAUUUAUUCAAGUAUGUCAUUGGCACACUGGAGCUUUUGGUCGCUGAGAACUAUAUGAUUGUGUAUUUGAAUGGGGCGACAUCCCGGAAAAAGAUGCCAACCGUCGGCUGGCUCAGAAAGUGUUAUCAGCAGAUUGAUAGGAGAUUAAGGAAGAACUUGAAGUCUUUGAUAAUAGUCCAUCCCUCCUGGUUUAUUCGCACCCUGCUGGCACUCACAAAACCUUUCAUAAGCUCAAAAUUUAGUCAGAAAAUCAAGUAUGUGUACAGCUUGACAGACCUUGCAGAACUGGUUCCAAUGGAGUAUGUGUCCAUACCAGAUUGUAUCAAACAGUUUGACGACGAAAAAAAUAGGAAAAGCCGUAAAAGGUAUAUACACUUUCACCCAGGGUCAGUCUCAGCUCACUUUUUUGCUUUUCACCAAACUAACAAAGAAACGAUACAUUGGCUUUCAGAAAUGCACCAAUACACCUUAUUCCAUCCCACAUUUUUUUUUAAUUGGAUGAUUUGUUGUCACAUUCUGGCCAAAAUCAACAAUUUUCUUCCCUGAUGGCUCAUGUUUUUAAUUGAUUUAGGACAUUCCUGAUUAGCAGGCUGGUUUCUAAAAAUAGGUGGUUUGGUGAUGUUUAACCAACUAAAUUCCAUUUCUGAGCCAAUUCAGAUAAUCUCAGAGCUAAUUCAUGGUAAACGUGUUUCUUUAUUACCUCAAAACUAUAUUAGCUGUUUGUAUGUGGUUUAAAACAUACCAUGUGCUCCUAUAGCUAUAUAGCUAAAUAUUGUUUCUUCAUGGUGAUGCUGGCUGUCAAAGAAUUAUUCAUUUCUGUCAAGAGCUGGUUAGAAUAGUUAUGCUGCUUGUUGAUGUGAAAGUGGGGACAUCAACUGCCAUUUACUCGCAUGUGUCUUUUAAAAAACCAACAGGUUUAGAAUGGGGCUCGUUUGAUAUUUGGUAAGUUUGUUCAUGUUUUGUAUAACUGAACUGGGUGGAACAACAAGGUACUAGCAGGACUUAGUCACUGUGGUGUGUGGUUGCACUGUCACCAUGUCCUCACAUGGUUCCCCACCGGCAUGUCCACUAUCACAGCUCUUUGCAUGACUCACUGCAUUUUUAACAGCCUGCUGAUGUUCAGUCAUUGCCACAGACCUUUGUUGGCUUUCCUCAUGCACACAGUAAUAUUCUGCUCUUCAUUGAUAAGUAGUGACUGUUCAGUUGCUGAGGCUAUUCAUUUCAUUUGCAGGUAUGUUUAGGGAUGUUAACACAUUAGAAAAGUAUAGUAACCAUGUUAUUUUAGAGGGCACAUGGGGCUGUAGAAGAGAUAAGCAUUAUUACUAGUAGUAAUAUAAUUGUGUGUUUUCUUGGCGUAUUAAACAUUGCCACAGUAAGUUGUACUUAGAUACAUGUUAUUAGAUAAAUGAGACUUUAAGGUGACUUGCACAUUUGCAAGACAAAUGCAGCCGUGCACUACAACCUAAAACAUAACCAUUGAGUUAGAACAUCUGUCUGACAACAAACAAAACAAAAAUUGAACAGCUUAAGCAGUACAUAAUUCUUUACGUUUGCAAAAAUUGCACAUAAUCUAUACAUAAACCUAAUUAGCACUCAAUCUAAUGCUAUUUGCAGUGUAUGUUGCAGAUAACAAAGGCAAUUUGUGUAUAAUAUACCUCCUCUGUAUUCAUAUUUGAGUACAUGUUAGUGCAUUUGUCUUACAACAACAGCUGAUGCUGACUGAUGUGUAUUAUAGUAAGUUGUAUGUUUGUUGUAACUAGAUCAUGAAGCAUAUUUUAGUUGUUAAAGGUAGAAGAUAUUAUUAAGGUAGGACCAUAUUAGACAUUUCUUCUGUGAGAAGAGGUCUGGUACGUUUAAAAAGAAAACAAACAAAACAAUGUGCGGUGUACUCUUUCCCUUCACAGUGGAGUAAAAGUUAUGAUUACAUUCCAGGAUGAGAUCAUAUGACAUGUGAAAAGUGUGUUUGUGGGCAGUGUUGUUGCCUGUUGUUACUUCAUUAGUUAGCCCAGAAGCUUGGUUACAGUCACACAGUUGCUCAUGACUGUUGAAUUUGUCUACACAGGAUUGACCAGGACAUGCAUGGCAAAGUGGAGAUCGCAGCUGCUGCUGUUCCAGAGUGACCCUGCUGGCAAAGCAAGAUCUGGAGGAAGAGAGCGAUGAGGAAUGUUCAGAACUGCAUCCACUCUUGUGUUUAUGUUCUAGGCGACAUGACUGGAGACCCUUAGUGUCAGGAAAGUGCCCUUUUGAAACUAUGCUGCCUGUUACAUUGUGGAACCUCUUGCUGUAUUACUGUGUCAAGCAGCUUGAUCUUCAGCCUUUUUCCACAUGCUGUCUGAAACCUUUUUAAUCCUUUUUAUUUACUGCCGGUAUAUCAUGUCAACUUUAGCUUAUGGUUGUUUCCUGUUGUAUCUACACUUUAUUUAAGGCACUCUGUUACAAAUGGUUGAUGCAUGUUCUGCUUUAUUACAUUUAAAUAUAUAUUUAUAUUCAAAAGGUGACAAAGAAGAGAAAUUAAUAUAUUUUUAUGGUUGCUCUGAUUUUAAACUGCAUUUUAGGUCUCUGAACCAUUGAGUGGCAUUUCACAGAACAAGUUUUGACCGCACCUUUUUCACUGUUCACUGCUGACAUCUGUUAUAAUCCUGCCUGGGGAAAAUAAAGUUGUUGUAUUGUUUUUUUACCCCUCACUUGAAUGUGCCCUCAGACUUGUGGAGGGAGAACAUUUGUGAGAGCAACAAUCUGAUACAAAUUUGUAGGUCUUAAGAUAUCAUUAUUUACUCCAAGUAAAGUCAUG